AUGCCUCCUCCCAAGCGGCGCAACCUCUAUGCGACCUUGGGAGUGCACCGCUACGCCUCAGAACUGGAGAUUCGUGCUGCCUACCGCCGCCGUGCUUUAGAGAAGCACCCGGACAAAGGCGGCAGCCACGAGGCAUUUCUGGCUUUGAUCAAUGCCUUCGAGGUCCUCUCCGACCCGCGCGUGCGCGAGGACUACGACAGGGACCUCGAGAAGCGGGGCGAACGUGAUGGUCUGGGGCGCCUGAAGCGGGUCAUUGACGAGCGGCCCCUGCAGCCCCCGGCACCCCCAAAUCCGCAGAGAGAGGUCGAGGUCUCUCCGCCUCAAGCUGAGGAGUUUGGGCCCUUUGCGCCAGCGCCCGGGCCACGCCAAGAGCAGAGAGAAGCUCAGGCCAAGGUUGGAAGCAAAAGAGCGCGGCAAGCCGGGACGACGAGACACAGACCUGAGCACUCCGAGGCACAGGCGUCCACAGCUGCAGGGCCUCAGGAGGCACAGGAGGUCCAAAGCGUGUGGAGACAACUCUUGGAGGCCGAGGCCGAGACCGAGUUUCCCGCCAUCCUCAAGGGACGGAGCUGGAGAUUUCUAGGAGCAGUGGCUGGCGAAGGCCACGACUUCUUGCGGAGGCGGGCGUGGUUGCAAAAGGUGCCGAAGCCUCCAAAGAAGAAGAUGCCAGUGCAGAAGAAAGCCUCCAAGACGGCCGGAAGAAAGGUUGGCCUGCAAUCGCUGAUGGAUGCCUCAAAGAAGGACAGUCUGGGCGAGAAAGCCUGCCAACACAUGCAGAAGCACAUUCGAAAGGUUGGGCCACGAAGCUUCAACCUGGUGAUGUGCUUCGACUGGCUCGAAGUUGCCAGCUCCUCUACACAUCUGGUCGAGGCUAUCGAUUGGCACAUCAUCCUCAUGAAGUUCCAGCGUUUGGCAAAAGAGAUCUUCAGUCAAGGGCAUGCAGAUGACUACCCGUUGGUCUCUGAGACUCUCCAGUCCAUCCUCGAUGAGCAUACACAACAGGGAGGACGAGCUCCCACCCUGACCUUUGCUUUGCGCAUGUACUUCAGAAAUGGCGAGAAGCACAAGCUCUUCCGCUUCUUUCGAACUACAGAUCUUCGAUGGGUGCUCCACUGCCGCACGCGAAUCAAAGCGCUGAUGCCAACAUGCGAUCACGAUGUGUUUCUGCGGGCAGUUCGUGGCAUGUGCCAGAAGUCUAUUGAAAUGUCUGGAGAGGCCCACAAGAAGCAUUACGACAAAAUCCGUGCCGACAAUGCCGCCAUGAAGGCUGCAAGGAAACUGCAGGCAAAGAACAACGCGAAGUUGCACGCCCGAGCCCAGGCUGCGGUGCAAUUUCUUGCACAAGCGAGGAAAAAGUUCAAGGCUGGAAAAGACAUGCAAGAUCUCGAUGCGGUUUUUUGCGACUUCGGGAUGGGCGAGGAGCUUUGCUUCUUCGCAAUCGUGCAGGCCCAAGGCAGCGGGCACAGCGCUGGCCCGCUGCGAGAGACGUGGCAGAAAGCAGCAAAGGAUUUGCAAGCAUUGAAGAAGAUUCAGAAGUCCAAAGGAUUUGCGGCGGCAAUGGCAGAAGCGCAGCGCCUUGAUGAGGAUGAGAUGCUCAGAC